AACGUAAUAGCAGGAUCUCUGCCAAUCAAUUAAGAAGAAAAGAAUUGACCCAGUUUUAAAGGAAACCGGACCCAAAACCAAUACCAGGCGCACAAACAACUCACACAGUGCCCACCCUGAGUCAUCGUUAUCGAGCUCAACACAAGUGACGAGCCCCGACUCCCAAGACAGGCAGCACAAGGCCAAAGGAAACACGACCACGAUUACAAACACUGGCACAAGAGAAGGAAGACUGCGGCGUGCCGUCGUUGCCAAGCCACGAGACACCCCACUCUAGACAGCUCCAAUUCUUCACCAGCGAGACUUCCAAAACCUUAAUCCACUGCCCCGCCUCCGCCAAAUGCCUCAUCUUCGAAGCAGACCAACCCACGAAGCAGGGGGUUCGCCCCACGUCAUCGUUGUCGAGCCACAUCCCCUGACGUAGCAGCUUCGACUUCAUGAUGCAAGCCCCCACCUCCACACGCAAAAUGUCACCGAAAGACGAAAUCAACCACCACAGGCUACGACGUGGUCGAUACAAACUUCAGUAGCGACGCCUUCAGGAAGGGAGUGACGUCGGGGACGCCAUCGUCGCCGGUUCGAGAUGGACCGGGCUUUCGCCCACGUAAGACAGUGCUGGGGAGCUGAGCUGACGCCCUCAACAGGAGAAGCGGCGCCCAGGGGCGGCGCCGUCACCAAAGCUUUCGCCCAAGAAAACCCCAGCAAAAUGACCGGCCAGGAACCCAGGACAAAGCAACCACCUCCACCGCCACCGCCGCCCAGACAACCCACACAGACCCAUCCAAAGGGACAUCGACGCGCCGACUGCCACAACAACCGCAAAGCUACAUCGACCACCACCUCUAGCUAGGCCCAUGGACCUGGUCGAGCGGCGGCAGCACCUCGUGCCGCACCUCCCAUCGGCCAUCCCUGGCAGCAGCCGCUGCGACGCGCGAGAUCCGCUGGCACGCGCACCACCGCAGACGCCAGUAGGGCACGACAGGUUGCUGCCCACCUGCCGUCGCCACACACCACCACUGAGGAGCCAUAUCCGGCGACCGCAGCACCAGACAAGGCCACGCCGCCCGCACGAGCAGGCCACAGGUCGCUGCUCCAACCUCUGCUCCUCACCGACCCUCACUUCUGCAACCACCGGAAGCACUCAACACAGUAGCCACUCGCCCACAACCGGGAAGCCCGCCACCGCCGCGGGACCAAAAUGUAGCCCCAGCAGGCAGCAACAGCGCUGCGACCGCACCGCCAGAUCUCCACCGCAGUCACCAGCCAGUGGACAUCCUCGCCGCAACCAGCGCACCGGCCCAGCCGAGUCGCCCAUGCCGCGGUGCGCGACCCCCGCACAGAUCUGCCCACCGACGCACGUGUCGACGGCCUUCGCCUCGAAGAAGCACAGCUCGGCGUCGCCCUAGUCCCACCAACAGCGCACGGUGGCGACGACCGGAGCAGAUCCUCGAGCGAGGCACGGAGGCAGGCCACGACGUCCUAACAGCGGCGCCCCGCCAUGCAUGGCCGCCUGGGCCUCAGCCGCCAUCCGAUGAGCACUGCGGCGCGUGCCACGGCGUGCCCCAGCACGGCUACGGCCACCCAUAGGUACCGUGCCGCCGCAUGCUUGUGCCGUGCCAUCUCUCACCAGAUCCGCGCGAAACACCCC